GUUUUGCGACAGGUUAGCUCUUCCGAUAGUAGCUCUUGGUAAGAUUUAUUUCUGGACACACUGCGUGAGGUUACAUGUCGGAUAGGCUACAUUAACCUAACAGAAUUUAUUCGAUCAAGAGGGACCCAGUUACUGUCUAUUGCGCGAUUGUAUGAGUGAUGGAGCUGCUAGCUGCAAAUAUUAAACAGGAGCCACUGGAGGAAGAGCAGGGGCCUGGACCAGUGGCUGCAGCCAUCAAACAAGAGCUCCACCAUACAGAGGUGUUCUGCAUCAAAAAGGAGGUGCCAGAACUGGAGGGGGUGGCACCAGAGAGCUGUGAGAAAGAAAGCUGUGUGCAUAUCAAAGAGGAGCUGCUGGACAUGGAGCCAACCUACAUUCACCGGGUGUUUCCGGACGCAGAGCUGUUCUGCAUGACGGGGCGCGGGCGCGUAGCCGCACACAGUCCAGGUGCAGAGGGGGACGGGGGCGCAGACACCUUCUGCGUCCCGCACAGCGUUUUCCUCUCGGACCGGUUACCCCCCGAUCCGCGGGGACGCGGCCCAUCGCUGGGGGGCGGGGGGGCCGGCGCGCAGAGCGCGGAGACCUCGCAGUGCCCCCACAGCAGGGGGACGUCCCGGCACUUCACCAUCCGCGCCGACGGCUUCACCCCGCGCAUGAGGUUCCCGUGCUCCCGGGCGCCGGACCCGGACCACAAGCCCUACCGCUGCGCCGCGUGCGGGAAGGCCUUCCGCCGCGUGGACCACCUGCGCCGGCACCAGAGCAUGCACUCGGGCGAGAAGCCCUUCCGCUGCGGCAGCUGCGACAAGCGCUUCUCCCUGCGGCGCAGCCAGGAGGCGCAUCAGCGGCGCUGCAGGGGCCUGCAGAGCUGCAGCUGCCCCGUCUGCGGCGACGUGUUCCAGAGCUUCAGCAACCUGCAGCAGCACCAGCGCAUCCACGACGGCGAGAAGAGCUACCAGUGCAGCCGCUGCGGCCAGAACGACAAGCAGUCCAACUACUACCGCAAGCACCACAGGGUGCACUGCGACGACCAGCCCUACCUCUGCUUGCACUGCGAGAAGCAGCGCGGGCACUGUGAGAAACGCUGACCCCUGCUGGCACGCCCAGGGCACUGCUCGUUACCCAGACUCGACCCGGAGGGCAGACCUGUUUGUGAAACUGGAACACUGACACCCCACUGGACGAGUGGCGUGUAUAAGUUAUAACUAUAAGUUAUCCCUCAUGCUCUCAAGACUCACCAGCCUGUAUAAAAUGGACACCCUCUUAAGGGAGUAAUGUGGAGGCAGUAAGGCAAUGGGUCCUCCCCACUCCCCCAACACAGGGAAGGAUCUAGAAAUUAUUUGUGCUGGGAGGACCCCCCUGGCACGCAUGCACUCCUGCUUACUCACCCCACAUAUGGGGGUCGCCUGGACCCACUGCUGCCCGGGAAAGCUUUCCCUGCUGCACUGCCUUAGCUAUGUACCUGCCUGCACCACACACACUCACACGCACGCACGCACGCACGCACGCACGCACGCACGCACGCACGCACGCACACACGCACACACAAACGCACACACACACACACACGCACUCACACACACACAGGCACUCACACACAUACACACACAUACGCACUCACACACAAACGCACACACACACACGCACUCACACACACACAGGCACUCACACACAC